UUUUUUACCGAGCUUAUCAGGACUAAAUUCUCAAACCCGAUUACUUUAAAAAAAUUAUUUUUAAAACUCAAAUUUUUAUUUAAACAGAACUUCAAACCCAAUCUCUUAAAUUCAGCCCUGUUUCCAACUCUAUCAGUGCGAGCACCCAGGGAAAGGAUAUUCGCGUAGCGUAGGGAUAAAAAAAAAAAAAAAAAAUCCGAAUGCCUUGUUUAUUGCUUCAUACAAAAGCAAACGCGACGCAACAAGGACGGGCGAAGCGAGGAGUAGAAGCAGCAAACAGCACGUCGAUGACGACGAAACCGCACACAAGAGAGCAGAGCAGAGAGAUGGAGGAGAUCCUUCGGAAUAACCACUACGAAUUGUGCGAUGAGAUCGGACGUGGCAGAUUCGGCGUCAUCUUCCGCUGCAUUCACCUUCUCUCCGGUCAGCUCUAUGCCUGCAAACUCAUCGACAAGCGCCUCCUAUCCGAUCCCACCGAUCGCUCUUGCCUAGACAACGAGCCCAAAUACAUGUCUCUCCUCUCUUCUCACCCCAACAUUCUUCAGAUCUUCGACGUCUUCCACCACGACCACUUCCUGUCCAUCGUCCUCGAGCUCUGUCACCCCCACACCCUCCUCAACCGCAUCAUCGCUCGCCCCUUCCCAGAGACGGAAGCCGUUUCUAUCAUGAAGCAGCUCCUCGAAGCCCUAGCUCACUGCCACCGACUCGGCAUAGCCCACAGAGACAUUAAGCCCGACAAUCUCUUGUUUAAUUCCGCCAAUAAUCUCAAGGUUGCCGACUUUGGGUCCGCACAGUGGUUCGGCGACGGAAGAAGCAUGAGAGGAGUGGUCGGCACGCCUUACUAUGUAGCGCCGGAGGUAUUACUGGGCAGAGACUACAAUGAGAAAGUAGAUGUGUGGAGCAGCGGCGUGGUUUUGUACAUAAUGUUGGCCGGGGUUCCUCCCUUCCACGGGGAAUCGGCGGCCGAGAUAUUCGAGGUUGUGGUCAGGGCGAAUCUGAGGUUCCCUUCCGGGACUUUCAGGUCCGUGUCUCCCUCUGCUAAGGAUCUCCUCAGGAAGAUGAUCUGCAGGGAUGUUUCCAGGAGAUUAUCGGCAGAGCAGGCCCUGGGGCAUCCAUGGAUCCAGAGCGGAGGAGAGAAGACGGAUCUGACGUGAACAGACAGAGAGUGACUGGUAGAUGAUCCGAGCAUACCAUAUGUCCACUUUUGGCGCCUGUACAGGCGUUUUCUGUCGCAGCAACGAAAAUCCUUUUCUUUCUCUGACGCUGCAGAUAUAUGAACAUGAUGGCAUACUGCUGAGAAUCGCCUUCCUCCACCAUCUGGUUCCUCUGUUUUUUUUUUUUUUCCCUCCGGUUUCGCAUAGUGAUGGGAAGUGAGGAACUGAGGGAGUGUAGCGAAAUCUAAAUACGCAUCCGCCGUUAGUUUCUUUGAGUUUUUUUUUUUGGUGGAUGAAUGACAAUGAAAAGUGUUUGGAAUGUAAAUUAGUAAAAUAGUUAUGAUCUGAAGUAA